CCCUCUAUUCUUCAUCUUGAUCCCCGAAAAUAGCUGAUGUAAUUGGAAGCAGAGGAAGCCACUGCGGAAGCCAUCAUAAGAGAGUCUCUGAGGCGAUGCAAGUCCCUCUGCCGCGGAUGACGGCCACCCCUGUUUGCCAAUGAUCAAUUUUGGUGGCUCUUUGAGAACCACCGGAAGAUUCAGUGUCUCCUUCUUCUCCAACCUCAUUGAUCGCUGCCUCACGCUCGGCUCCCUCUACUCCGCUCAAUCCAUCCACGCCCAUCUCGUCAAGACCGGCCUCCAUCGCCACACCUUCCUUGGCAACCGGCUCCUCGGCCUCUACUCUGGCCUUGGCUCCAUCACGCUCGCUAUCGGAGUUUUUCACGACAUCCCUGAUAAGAACAGGUUCACGUGGAACAUUCUGCUUAUGGCGCUUGUUAGAACUGGCUGCGUCGAAGCCGCCCAUGAACUGUUCGAGGAAAUGCCUGACAGAGAUGUGGUGAGUUGGAAUUCGCUGAUUUCGGGGUACGUGUCCACUGGAUAUGUCGAUAAGGCGUUUGGGGUUCUUCACCGGAUGCAAGAUCUCGGUGUCAAAGUUAGUGCUUUCACACUGUCCAUCACCGCUGCUUGUGUCUCAUCUCCUCGACAGGCUAAGCAAGUGCAUGGAUUUAUUACCCGCUUCGGAUCAGGUUCACUAAAUACUGUGCUUGGUAACUCACUCAUUGAUAUGUAUGGAAGAGUUGGACUCGCAGGAUAUGCUAGCCAAAUUUUCUGUGCCAUGGAUAACUCUGACGUCAUCUCUUGGAACUCCAUGAUCUCAGCAUAUGGUAGGUCAGGUUGUGGAAUGGAAGCAUUAGAGUGCUUCUGUGCGAUGAGGGCUGCUCGGUUUUCAACUGAUGAGUUCACUAUGUCGAGUGUGCUCAACAUUUGCACUGACCUUGAGAAUUUGGCUAAGGAUUAGAUGAUGCAGUUCGGAUCUUCCAAGGGAUGCUGAGAUGGGAUUCAGUGCUCUGCGAUUCAAUGUACUCCGGUUAUGUUCGGAGCAGCAUUGGGGAUGAGGCUAUAAAGCUUUUUGUGGUGGCACUGAGGAAGAGCGUGUUGCCUACAGAGUUCACCUUUGCAACCAUUCUCAACUCAAGGAUGUGUUUCUGUUCAACCGAUCUUGGCAUGCAAAUCCAUUGCUGGGUUUGGAAAACAGGCUUUGAGGCAGAUAUGAUUGUUGCUAAUGCGCUGGUUGACAUGUAUGCUAAGUUGGGUUUCGUUGAGAGUGCCAUGAAGAUUUUUUCCAAGAUGGUUGCCAAGGACUUGGUCUCUUGGAAUACCAUGAUCAUGGGUUUAGCAAAAAACGGGCAAGGUGUAGAAGCUCUUAGAAUCUUCAGAGAGUUGCAAGGGAAUGGUGUCAAGCCAGAUAGGAUAACCCUGGUUGGUGUUCUUUUAGCCUGUAGUUAUGGGCAUAUGGUCCAUGAAGGGAAAAGAAUAUUUUCAUUGAUGGAGAAGAAAUAUGGAGUGAUGAGAGAUCUGGAGCAUUAUGCUUGUAUGGUGGACAUGAUGGGGAGAGCAGGAAUGCUGAAAGAAACAUUGAAUAUCAUAGAGACUUCACCUCAUAGUCAUAGCCUAUCAUUGUGGAACUUGCUUCUUAAUGCUUGUAGGAUUCAUGGGGACUUGGUAUUUGCCACAAUAAUUGCAGAGAAGCUGUUGGAUUUGGAGGCUCGCUUCUCUCUCCCUUACUUAGUGUUGGCUCAGAUGUAUGGAGUAAGUGGCAGAUGGGAGAGCAUGGCUGGUGUGCUGAAGGCCAUGGAAGAGAGAGGUGUCAGGAAGGUUAGGGAGUAUAGCUGGAUUUGCGUUAGGAAGCAUAUCUAUGUAUUUAAGACAGACCAAUUAUUCCACUGGGAAGGAAAAGCUGUAUACUCAAUGUUGCAACUCUUGGACUGGGUGAUGAAUGGCGUGGGAUGUGUUCAUGAAGAAUCCACAUUAUAUGGGGAUUGCUGUGGAGAAUGACAUAAAGAAGAGAAAAUGAAAACAGAUUUCUGAAUCUGAUGGUUUUUGGAUGCUUGAUUAUCUAGCCAUCAUUUGACAUCAAUCUUCAGUCCAAAUUUUUGUUGAAUGUGCCAUACCAGCUCAACACAUCCCGACUAAUAUUGCUGACUCCAUUGUGUACUUACAAGCAUAUAUCAAUAUAUGAUCACUGAAGAUAUACGCUUCAGAUAAUGAGAACAAACCUUUUUUGGAAAGAAGAUGAUUGUAAGAGACUGCUAAGUUAUCAACAAAGGCCAUUGAAUGUGUGAAGUCAAAGGUGCUUCCAUGAUUUUGAUAACCAUGGCAACUAGUUGGCUGAAGGAGCAUAUUCUACCCUUCAAAACUUGUAGAUAUGUGGAUGAAGAUGGUGAUAAAGUAAAUUCCGUGGUGUGUCUUGCUGCUGCAGAUAACAUUGUGAUACAAGGUUUGCAGAAUGCUUUCUCUCAAACAUAUUCUGCAUGAACCUAGUGAUUUUUGGUCAAAUAACUUGAAAAAACUAGCUAAUUUAGAAGCCAUCAAAGAUGCCAUUCUCAUUUUUUAA